AGUCUGCAUCAUGCUGAGUUUCCAAGCUCUUCUCGCGAUUCUCCUCGUUGCUCGACAUGUGGAGGGUUCGUGCUACGGACGUUGCUGGGAGGACUACAACUCCGCCAACUCCUGCCACUGCAACUCGCGCUGCGGGGAGUUUAACAACUGCUGCAGCGACUUCAACAGCAUGUGUCCAAACUGGGGAAACUCCUGUGCGAAUGGCCGGUGUGGUGAGCUGAUGAACACUGCCUACUCCUGCCAGUGUAACACCCAGUGUACUCAGUACGGGGACUGCUGUGCCGACUACGGGACUGAGUGUUUAGGAGAGGGAGGGAACGUGGUAGAGCCGGUGUCGCCCGGAACAGGCGGCGCCUCGUGUGCAACAAGCACCAGCUCCUCCGCUACCAGCACCGAACUGUCGUGUCUCGCACAGCUUCUCUGGGACGGCGAUGUAAACCGAGCCUCCAGCAGCCAGUACACGCUGAACCGGCAGGGUCAGAUCGCACAGAGCGCCCUCAGCCAACAUCAAGACCUGGCCAGUGCAGACCUGUUCUCGUACCUGGACGAGGCUGGGCUGUUCACCAGACAGACCUACGCCGCGUACUUGGCUCUGGUCGACAACUACGUGCCGUCCACCGGAACCAGCGAAGUGGUGACGUCAUCCGAGAACGCCGAGAUCGACGCCUUCAUGGCCGCCAUACAGGGCACUGACGUCAUCACUAAGCUGCAUGAGUUCCUGGCGUACAAGGGUCUGGCGAGUUCAAACCUGGCGACCUUCAUGGCUGACCUGAGGGAGAUGUGGUUUGGCCUGUACUCCCGCUCCAGUGGAGCCGCCAUGGACUCCAGCGGAUUCGAACACGUUUUUCUGGGAGAGUUCAAGAACGGCAAGGUCUCAGGCUUCCACAACUGGCUGACGACCUACCUGCUAGAGAAGGAUGGAGAUCUGAACUACUACGGCUACAUCUGGGACAAGCAGCCCGGCAUCCUAGCCGUUCAGGUUCGCUGGGGGUCCCUGUACAAGGAUCUGGGCUCGAUGUUCUACGGCGCCAGCCCGGAGUUCGACCUGGCCAUGUACACCAUGUGUUACAUCACAUCUCCCGACAGCCUCUGCCGGUUCAACAUGGCGGGCGCGUCCGUGGCCAUACAGACCUGGAGCUGGAACAACUCUAGCUAUGGUGGCGGGAAGAAGUACCUCGCGUCUGCUUAUCCCGCAUGA